GAAGGAGGAAGUGAGGACAGAGACAACUCUUAACUUGGGAAAAGUUGGAGGAAAGACUGAAAACCGUUCCGUGAAUGCAGCGGCACGUUUCUGCAGCGUCUCCCGAGCAGCUGCGUCGUCGCUCCGUGUCGUCGCUGUGGACGCGGAGGUGAACUGGACGGCGGGGGUCAGGGUGAAGGACUGCACGUGCACGGAGGGUCUGCGGCUGACACGGCUGGGGUUCCCCGGCGAGCUGGAGGGGAGAGACGGCCCGAGCCCGACUUUCUACAUAACUUCUUGCUCGAGGAGACGCACCUGCAGUGCGAGUCUGAUCCGCGGGUCCAUUGCUGCCCUGCAUCUAGACUGCUAAGGCGGAGAAGGGUUUUUUCACCCCGCCGUAGUUUCCAACAGGCCUGCAACUUUUACUGUCCCGGUUUCGGAGGGGUUGUGUGCAGAUGGGUGUGAUCUGAGGACAGAUGCUGAUGCUGCGGGGGAAGGGCGCUCGGUGCGCACCGCGCAUGCGCAGAUCGGCUCCUCGUCUUCAUUCAUCACAUCUUCCGGAGACACAAACUGCUACAACGAAAGAGGGGAAAACGCACAGGUUUCUGUAAACAUGACGUCUCGCGUUGGCCUCAGAGCUGCCGGUACAAACGGAGCUGAAGUGAGACACAGAGAGCGGGUCGUCCCUCAGUACCAGAUGAGCGCUCCGCUCAAGUCCGAGCUGCGGAAGUUGAACCUGGUCCACCUCCUGCUGUGGCUGCUGGUGGCUGCACAGAUGAGCGUCAGCCACUUCCAGCUGCUGUCGCACGACACGGUGUGCAUGCCGUACCAGUGGGAGUACCCGUACCUCCUCAGCCUCCUCCCGCUGCUCUUCAGCAGCCUGUCCCUGCCGAAGAACAAUAUCAGCUACCUGGUCCUGUCCCUGAUCAGCGCCGGGCUCUUCUCCGUGGCGCCGCUCAUUUACGGCGGGAUGGAGAUGUUUCCCGUGGCCCAGCAGCUCUACCGCCACGGGAAGGCCUACCGCUUCAUCUUCGGCUUCUCCGCAGUGACGGUCAUGUACCUGAUCAUGGUGGUGGCGGUUCAAGUACACGCCUGGCAGAUAUAUUACAUGAAGAAGCUUCUAGACUCUUGGUUUAACACAACGCAGGAGAAGAAGAAGAAAUGAUGAAGUGG